GAAACAGAUGAAGAACGAUUGAGAUCUGCAGCGCGGCUGUUUUCCCUUUUCCUUUUCAAAAAGAAGCAUUCGAAGCAGGCGUCAGCUCCGGCAACAGUUCAAGCUGUCCUGAUCAGCUCGCGCCACAAUAACAGGCUGCCAUCUGACAGAGAUACAGUGCGCAGGCUCUCCCAGCGCUGCUCUCCAGCAUCAGACCCCCAGAGCAACGCACAGUUGGACACUCGGACAACACAUACCAGGUUUGGCUCCGGAGAUCAAGCAGAACGUUUCGAGUCGAGAAGAAGACAAGUUCUCCUCUCGGGAACAUUAGUCAGUAGGAGAACUGCUGCUUUGAGUCUCUCGUUUUUUCCUCCGCUGAACUCUCCUCCGAAGGUUAGAGGAGCAUGUAACUGAAACAAGUGGAGCCCUCGGUGAUUUGAGCAUUCUGUCUCCCCCAUCUGUGCCUACACUCUCUGCUACAGAUAGGGACGUUUUUGAUAAUUACAUAUAAUUAUAAUUGCUGUGGGAGACAGAUCUGCCUCUGUCUAUUAUUGCCAACACCUCCAACACAAUCACUUCACCCAUUUACAUAUUUCUCAACAAAAGUGAUAUUCUUUCAACCUCUGAGACAAAUCAAGAAUAAUUUUUACUUAAAGAGACAUGUCACACGGAGAUGCUCUCUGCCAUUCAGUUCAUAUCUGAUGAGUGAUUUUGUGCCUAAGAGCUGAAUGCAGAGCGUUUAAAAACCAGCGACAUCUGCCUCGUUUUGCAAUGUGCUUCACAGGCCGGGAACCGUUCCCUUGGUUUAUGCUUACUCCUGAUUUUCAGUUGUUACAGUCUUCUAGCACCUAAGCUGAGCCUGGCUCAUUAUCACCCCCGUCCCAAUCACAGUAACACUAUGUGCCAGGCGAGUACGGAUGCACAUUAAUCCGACAAUAGAAAAGAUUGAGAUAAAGUACACAGUGUAUCUAUAGAUGUGCUCAGAAGAGGCGAACAAGGAGAUACGUCCCUGCUAAAGAGAAACCAGGCACCAUUAAUGGACAGCGGUGCAGCCGGUUCUAUUUCAAUUCGAUUGUUUACAAUGCUAAAAAAUGUAUGAGAAGAGUUGUAGAUUCAUUUUUCCAGAAAAUUAUCCCUCACAUCUUAAACAAGUGCUAAUUCUGAAUGUAUGCAGUGCCGAACUGGAAUAGUCAUCCAGGAGUGAACAAAAUAGAUUUAACUGUUUACAUUUGAAAAAGCACCGGCCAUAGACUAUUGUGGAAGUGCCACAGUCAGCACAGGAAUGUAUGGGACUGCCAUAUUUUAUUAAAAAAUACUUGCUAGUGAUUUCUACUGGGCUUUGUGCUCACAAGAUAUAUUUCCAUUCAGCACAGAGCGUCAGAUACAUGUCGUGUUGCUCAGUGGGACGUGCAGAAGAAGACGUUACAGACUAAAAGCAUGACGAGUUGUGUCUUCAGCUUGUCGUCUUUACAGAGCUGCAUCCAUUUUAGUGCUGUGGACUCGAGAGGUGCUCCUGAUGAAGUCAUUACACAGUUCCUUUCUAGCAGUAAAUUAAAACAGUUUUAAUUCAACUGUUCCUACGAACUGGUUUUGAUAGUGUUCCAUUUUGUACUUCUCCUGGCCUAUUCUCCUAUUACAUAAUAUAAACACUCCGCCAAAACAAAACCACUUUUUUUUCAAAUUUCUCAUCGGAACCUCACUGAAUGAAACUACUGAUACGCAAUCAAUAUUCAGAAGGUUGUGCAUGCUUCCUGAAUAUUUCACAUGGCAUUCUAGUUGGUUAAGCUGCACAAGCGGAUACAGCGUUGUAACUGCAUUGACUCAACAACAGAAAAUAGAUCUCUUAGUCAUGUAAAAAUGACGCCCACCACCAAUCUCCGAGUCCUCGCUGUCUCCCUGCUCUCCCUCCUUACUGCUCCAAUUACCACUGUUGCGGAGACCUCUCCGUCCUUCCCUCCUGAGCACACAGACCCCUCAGGCAGGCCGUUCACAGAGAAGCCCAUGAGGGGCCCUGGCCCCUCGCUCCUGCUCCUCGCCAUCCAGGCCAAUCUCAGGCCAGCUGCUCUCCAAGGCAGGACCAAAACGGCUGAGACAUUUCCAGAGACCUCAGAGGGAGUUCUCGAGGCGCCUCCAAGGCCCCUGCCCCAGGUCAUGUUACCCAAGACUGUCACUACAGCGAAGAACGCCCUUGCUCCUCCUUUAGGCGCAGCCCUGAUACCGCACCCUCGACCACAGCUGAUGGAUGGAUGGAUGGAUGUAUGUCGGGGGUAUUACGACGUGAUGGGACACUUUGACACCGCCUUCAACUGCUCCAAGGACAGCUUCGUCGUCUGCUGUGGAACCUGCCACUACCGGUUCUGCUGUCCAGAGCGUAGCCGACAACUGGACCAGGCCAGCUGUCGAAACUAUGACUCUCCAGACUGGGCCAAGCCACAGACAGACACCAUGGAUUUAACAGAUGAACUAGGUCCCGACCCAGACUUCGAUCCGCUGAAGCAACAGAGCCACAACACCGGCUUCGUCAUCGGCGGCGUGAUCGUGUUCAUGGUGGCGGUCGCUGUGGGCAUCAAGGUGGUUUUCAACAAGGUGCAACAGGAGGCCAACCAGAGGGACCUCAACAUGCCCAGAGCCCUGGUGGACAUGUUGCGGCACCAGUCCAGUCCGGUUCAGCAGGAUGAGAGGAACAACAGCGUGGCUCUGACUGUGGGGGACGGACAUGGGACGCUGGGGAGAGCUCCAAAAAAUCUUUAUGCCCCAGGACUUCCCACCAAGGACAACAGAUUGGGCAAUUUGCAGCACAAUUUCAUCCAAUCGUCAGGCUCCAGUCCCAAACACACCGCAACGAUCGAGCGCACCCCGCGGAUGAACAAUGCUCAGCUGGCAGCUGGGGGCACCCUGCUCUCCAGUAAACACAACAACACCAAAUCCCAGCCGUCCUUCCACCACUCCCUGCACAACCUGGCUCAGCUGCCUCCCUCCUAUGAGAGCGCCACCAAGCCAGAGCUCAACAGAUACUCCUCGCUCAAACGCCUCGAAAAAGGUCUUGAUGAGUACUCGUCUGGUUACUGCACCACCAAGCGCCGGCCUCAUACAGCCCAGCCGGCCCUCCAGUCCUCCCAGCAUCACCUCCACUGGGGGGGAGACUACACCCUAGGUGGAAGAGGAACCCUCCCCAGGCAUGCAGCUCGCCCAUGGAUCCCACCGCCGCCAUCUGGUAUGCCUGCCUCACCUACCCCCAAUCCUUACCCCUUGGAUCCCCCAGAACCACAGUACAUCAACUCCAACUACGAUACUCUGUCCAAACACCCAAGAAAAGUAAAGUCCAGUGAUCAGCUGCUCAACAUGGGUGACGUCCCUGGUAACACAGGGACUCUGUCCCGGCUGUCCAAGAACCAGCAACACCAGUAUUACAAAGCCAUGGUGGCCUCCAAUAAGAACUCAAACACACAGACCCUCACCCGCAAGGCCCAGGACCGGCAGGAGAGACAGGAUAGACAGGAGCGGCUGCUCAUGUCACCAGACCACCUGGAAGACAGGAUGGGGGUUGGUGGUAUGGGUGUUGGGGAUCCAUACGCCCACACGGGGGGGAACGUCCCCACGCUGCCUCGCCAGCAGAAGGCCCAGUCCCAGCAGAACGUCUGCGCCACACCCUCCCUGGACCGGCACCACAUGAUCAAGAUGAACUCUCACCCGACGUCCGGCAGAGAGCAGGAGAGGAACGCGCCGAUGACGGGCCACAUGAGCGGGGGCAUGGGCUGGGCAGGGGAGACGCCCGGGGCGGGGGUGGUCAUGGGAACGGGAACACUAGGGGGCCACAGCGCCAGGAGGAUGGCGUUUGCAGCAAAAAGGCAGAACACCAUCGAGCAGCUACAUUUCAUCCCGGGUGGGGGCGGCGGGGGGUCAGGAGGAAGUGGGGGAGGCAGUCAGGGGAUCAGGACAGGGAGUAAAAACGAGGUGACGGUGUGAGGGGGCGGGCCUAAUGUGGAGUUUACCCCUCAUGUAAGGCAUGGGAAUAGAUCACCUUCCUGCAUUUAACUACUAGAUAUACGACAACAAGAAAAACAACUAGAAGUAUAGAGUAUAGUAACAGUAUAAUGUGUUUAGGCUAUUCAAAUUAGUGUUAUCUUGUAAUUAAAUAGCUUAAAUAUGAUUACUUAAUUAAAAAUCUAGCUGGGGAAUCUCUGUUCCAGUUAUGUGAUAGCCUACAUCAGCCAUAUUUUGUAACAGAAUUUGCCAUAUUGCCAUAUACAGCGGUGCCAUUACUUGUAGAGAGACUGACGAGAAGGGAGAAACAAAACCAAUAGACGUGUCGUUCAUGCUUUGUUUAUAUAUAUAUAUAUAUAUAUAUAUAAAUAUAUAUAUGUUUUUCAAGAAGUACUCAGGAGCCAUAUUAGAUAGGGAACCAGAUGACAUAAAAAAAGAGGUUGAUGAAGAGAAGCACCACGUGGAAAUAUUGUGUCAUAGAAAUUCAUCGAGAAUUGAGCCAAUCACCUGCUCGACUGUCAACCCGCCCAGCCCUCGCCAUCUAUGAUUUUCGUUUGAACUGAAUCUCACAGGUAAAGAGCCUCGUGGACCAGAUGAGUCUGAAUGAACCGUGUGCCUGGUGAGGUUCUUUUUCCUUUUUUUUUUGAGAUCUGAGACUCUGCUCAACCAACCUUGUCCGGACACAGGGAGACAGAACUGCUUUUAUGUUGCUUCCUCUGUAAACAAGCGGACAAGGUGGCGGCUGUUUACCGACUGGGACCCAGCAGCCUGACGCCACUGGCGGGACUCUGCGCCCGAUCUGAACUGCCGACGUUCCCACACUACCAAUCUGACGCCUGGGUUGCCUAGUUUUCCAUGUGACCUUAAAACGAAACCCCAGAGGACCUCACACUCUGAUCACUGUUACACUGCCCAAGUGUAAGAUGAUGUUACACUACGUUAUGGGUAAGUUGUCCCAUCAGUGUUUCCCAACCUGUAAGACCAGUGGGCUACCAAAUGAUAAAGAGCCAUCAGACAGAAUAUUCAUAUUUAUACAAAAACUUGACGUUAACACACACGAGUCAAGAGAUUACAAAACAGAAUGACGAGUUCAGUUUACCAAUAAAAGGGCAACUUGCUUAAAUGUAGGUUGAGGAGCAAAGGUUUUUUCCACAGAGCACAAGUGAAUAGACCAUGACGCAGGGGUUGCACUUACACAACUGUCCUUCAAAGCCAUUUAUGGAGAUACAACGAGAAUACCACAGAAGAAGCUGGUCUGACAAUCACCACUUUAGUCUUCUCACCAGGUGACAAAUUAUACGAGUCAGUGAUAUUUUUUACAGUCAAAGGAUCGGCUUCUGAGUGAGCCGAAAGCAAACCACACAAACAAACCUCUGAGUCAGGAGAGAGGGCGAGCCGAGGCCGUCUCCUCCUGCGUGGCUCCUGCAGCCAUGAGACCCUCGGGUGGUUAGGAAGCCCCUCCCAUUCCUCCAGACGAGGACCUCGCUGUAUCAUAACGCACUUCAGCCAGAACGAGUUUAAAACGAGAAAAGAGUAAAAAAAAAAAUAACACAAAAAAAACAUCAAUAACGACGCUUAUCAAUACUAAGGGCUAUCCUAUCCUAUAUACUGUAGUAUGUGAUAUCUGUGGUCCAUAUAAGAUGCUAUCUCUUUCUCUUGAUUUCGUGUUGAUAUCGUCAUGAUGUAUUGAGUAUUAAUGUGUACAAAAAACAAGAGCAAUCAAAGCACAGUUCAAAGAGAGAGACGGAGACAAAACUUUGCACAAAUCCACCCCCCCCCUGAUAUUUGCACCAGAUACGAAGACCUGCUUUGUAUCGUGUCCUUGAGGUUUACAUUCUGUACGAGCACGGCUGGAGGUGAGACUGAUCAGCGCAUCGAGAGGUUGCACUGAGAGCGGAGGAGUUUUCUUUAAUCGACAGAAGUCACAGGGAAUUACACAGAUCAAAGGAGGAACGUGUCCCUGCUCGGUGGAGGGGUCCAGAGAUUUAAACGCUGAUCAACACAAAGACAGACUUCAUUCGGACAAUCUUCCUAUACACAGUGCUAAAUGUAGUUGUUCUGAAUAUGAUGGAGUGUUAUUAUUAAUAAUUAUUAUAACUGUUAUGGUUAUUAUUAACAAUUAUCUUAUGGUGUGAUGUUCUUUUACUUGGUGGGAUUUAAGUGUUUAUUGUUUUUAGAUAUAACUAGCGUUCUCAUGACUAGUUUUUUCAUACAUCUGGUCAUAAAUUCAAGUCUAAAAAAAAAAACCACGUUCUAAAUCUUGAUGCAUGCCAGCUCCAUUUCAUUGAGAGGCAUUUUACAGUAUGCCCGGAUUUUAAGGUCACCCAUGCUUCUAUGGCCAGUUUCUCCAGCUGUAUGUACUGUGUCUAGACAUCGGCCUUAUGACUCCUUGAUCUCAAGUGAUAACUCAUCGGUUUCCACACUGGUUACAAAACACAUCGAUUGAAAUAAUCUGCAGCCUUCUGAACGUAUGACAGUGUUUUAACAGCCUGUGAGGGGCAGAGGCGUCUGGGACAGGCCGGACGUUAGUAACGCCACCAGGGGAGAGACAGUCCCUUGUCUCUUCUGCAGCCGCCUGACCCAUCCACUUGUUAUGGGUUGUUCACACAAAAAAAACCUUGAUGCCAUAAUGUAUGUGUGUUCGGUUGAAUGUUUACUAUAAACCUUGGGAGAAAAACCUGAGGUCUGACGGAAACCUUUGAGCGCAGUGUCUUUUUCAGGGAAUUAGGACAGAUGACAUAAAGUAGUUUUAGAUUUUUUAAUAGAGCCACAAAAAGGUCUGUAGCAAAGUCUGUAAUAUCUCACAAGCCAUAUCCAUCGAGACUCAUCGUCACACUUUUAUAAAUGGUUAAUCUAAUUUGUGCAAGUAUCGUAUUUUGUAUAGCUAGUACAAUCAGAAUAUUUUGAGUGAUCUCUUCGACAUUAAUUUGAGGAUUCCGCAAACUAUGUGUUAGUAUUUAUUGAAUUGUACAGUGCCAAACUCAUAGCAUUUUUGUUGUCUUUCUAUUGUUGUAGCCUCCUACAUGGCUACAGGGGUGAUUUCUUUUUUCACAACUGAGAACUAAUACACAGGCGAGAUCAGAAAGAAAUGAAUGAAUAUGGUGUGUGUUUUUACCACGAUGGAUUCAUUUAGAGUGGGGAUGGUUCAUGGCCACCUGAAAUGUAAAGCAUUGCUUACAGUGAAUUGUACGAUCUGGGACAAUGUCCAGUAAUGAAAUUCAUGGAUUUAAUUUCAUGCCUACAAAUUACAAAACAACCCUUUUGUUAUUGCUUGAUGCAUUUGAUCCCCUUGGAUACGACAGUGACUUACACAGAAUUUGUAUAAUAAAGUUGGUGGAAAAAUAAAAAUGUUUUGUCAUUCAUU